AUGCCAACGGAAGCCUACCUCAGGAAACGCGAGAAGCUCAUCAAGAAGGAUAGGGCCCUGCGUCCGGACACGGUUACCUCUCAGAGCCUCACCCCAGAUGAACGCUGCGCGGAUGAGAUCCUCAGGAGCAUGCGGGCAGCGGAGGCGGAGUCAGUCUGGGGCUUGGACAGCAAGUCCAACCAUCCGCACGGAUCUCAGCAGAUGUUCCCAGGGAUGGAGUUCUUAACCGCUCAGGAGACGAUCAUCGGCACGAAGGUUUUCGACAUCAUCAGCAAGAUGCCCAAGGGAGGGCUGCUCCAUGCGCACCUGGGCGCGACCGUACGGACAGACGUUCUCCUGAAGCUCGGUCUUCGGCAGCCUGCUAUGCAUGUCCGCAUUUUCAGCGCCCUCACCCCCAGCAACCUCAAGACCGUGCUCCCUCAAUUCCGCCUCCUCCCACAGUCCCAGCGGACUCGGAUUGCAAGCAUCACGGACGCGCAAUACGUUUUAGGGUCGUGGGUCCCCAUCCAGAACGCGCGCAACAACUUCGACCAGACUCUUGGAGGUCCCCCGGGCUUCGACAGGUGGGUGAAUGGCUCUCAGAUGAUCGACCCCUCGGAAGCAUACCGUACGCACAACACCGGGGCACAGAUAUGGGAUAGGUUCGAAAAGGUUCUCGACGUAUCCUGGGGUAUCAUCUUCAAUCUGCCAGUUUUUACGGAAUACAUACGAGAGCUGCUCUUAUCUUCCAUUGACGAUGGAAUCUCGUAUGUCGAGCCACGUGUGAAUUUCUGGGACAAGUAUAUGCGCGGCGAAGACGGCGAAGAAAAUCUGCCUCACCGAGUUUGGGUCCAGGUUUUUGAACGUGUCGUGGAUGAAGUCCGCACACAGAUGCACGCUCAAGGUCGCGACGACGAGUUCAUCGGCGCGCGCAUCAUCUACUGCACCCUCCGCAUAUGCGAACCAGCGGAGCUCGACUGGUUCUUGGAUGACUGCUUCGCGCUCGCCCAGGAGUUCCCCCAUCUCAUCGCCGGCUUCGACCUUGUCGGCCGUGAAGACUCGCUGAAGCCCCUCAUCUACUACUACGAGCCUCUCACCAGAUUCGUGGAGAGGCAAAAGGAAACAGGCGUCCAUGUCCCGUUCAUCUUCCAUGCCGGGGAAACGUGCGGAGAUGGUUCACCGGCUGACCUCAACUUGUACGACGCCAUCCUGCUAGGCACGAAGCGCAUCGGCCAUGGAUUGUCCAUUUACAAGCAUCCGAGUCUUAUGGAGAUGUGUAAGGAGAAGGGUAUUUGCAUCGAGAUGUGCCCUAUCUCGAACGAGAUUCUGCGGUUCACGGGCUCUAUGCCCAUGCAUCCACUCCCUGCUGUCCUCAACCAUGGUGUACACGUCGUGCUGUGCUCUGACGACCCAGCGGUAUUUGGCAACAUGGGGCUGUCGUUUGACUUCUUCCAGGUGUUCAUGGCUAGUGAAGUCGCAGGUGUUGCGACGCUGCGGUCCUUCGUGUGGGACAGUAUCACGUUCUCGAGCCUCGACGACACGGAGAAGGAAGAGGCAUACGAGAAGCUGGAACGCCGCUGGGCGUUAUUCGUCCGCUACAUCAUCGAUACGUAUGAAUCCACUGUGUGA